AUGCAGAGAUCCCAGCUUUCCUGUGAAGACUUUAACAAUCCAGAGGUGGCUGGGGCGGUGAACCCCCACCCCGACUAUGGUUACUUUCAUGGCCCCAUCCUGAACCCCAACCCCGUCUGGCGCCCCCACCACGACCCCCGCACCCCCGUGACCACAGCAGACAACGAGGAUGCUCCAAUUCCUGGUUCGAAACUGUCUAGUAUUAAUAGCAUGGUCUGCGACAUCGCAGUCAACGGCAACCAGAUCUCCACCGCCACAUCCGGAACACCCAUCCCGGUGCCAAAAACUGCCUGUUAUAUCAAGGAGCCUGGUGAGGGUCCUAUGCACGGUAUUAUCCAGGAUUACUGUAACUUCCUCAAGCAGCUGGCCCAGGAGGAUAAUGACUUUGCCGAGCAGUUUGGAACUGAGUUCCACUGUCCUGUAUAUGAUACAGGAAGCCGGGUAGGGUCUCUGGUCCCAAGGCAAGUUGUCCUCCUAAACCCUUUACCAUAUUCUAAGCAUAUGCAGCGAAAAACCCCUCCAUCGCCCUCUGACAACCCUACCGCCUCGCCCGCACCCAAGCGCAAACGUGCUGCCCCUAAGAAGGGUCCCAAGGCUGUUGGUAGCAGGAAGCAGCCAGCACGCGGCAAGAAGUCUGCUGCGAAGUUAGUGCCCACGACUGCGUAG